UCGGCUUACCUUCCAGUAGUUGGUAGUUAUCUUCACUGUCGGAUCUGGCUGUGAAGCUACUGGUCCCAGUCGUUUAUGCCGCCGUCAUGGGAGCCGUCUUCCUUGGCUUUGCUGAUCCAAAAAUGCGCUUCCGUGACCACCCUCGAGAUUGUGCGUCGGCUCCACGCUCUCGCCCUCACGACCCACGCCAUCUCUCCGUACGUGAACAACAAUCUUCUCUCCAUGUACGCCCGUUGCGCGUCAUUGGACAGCGCACGGCAACUGUUCGACAGAAUGCCUCAAAGAAACAUAGUUUCUUACAAUGCGCUUAUCUCGGCUUAUUCUCGGGUGCCUAGUCAGGCGUCCUCAGCCGUGGGGUUGUUCGCCCAACUGGGUAUUGAGGGGUUGAGGCCGAAUGGGCUGACUUUCACCAGCUUGUUUCAGGCUUGCUCUUUGCUCGAAGAUCGGUUCAUGAGUUCUUUGCUGCAUGGUUGUGCCGUGAAAUGUGGAUUUGCGGAUAAUAUCUGCGUUCAGACGUCUAUUCUUGGCAUGUUCACUAGUUGCGGGGAUCUGCAAUCUGCAGGGAAUGUCUUCCGGUUUAUAGUUGAUAAAGAUGCUGUUGCAUGGAACUCUAUGAUUUUCGGGAGUUUGAAGAAUGAUAGAAUCAGUGACGCUCUCUGCUUAUUCAGUGAGAUGCUUGCAUCUGGUAUUUCUCCUACCCAGUUCACAUAUUCAAUUGUCAUGAAUGCUUGCGCAAAGCUGGAACAUUAUACCUAUGGACGGAUCAUCCAUGGCCGAGCAGUCAUCUCUGGCAUCACCUUUGAUCUGCCUAUGGAGAAUGCCCUGCUUGACAUGUAUCUUAACUGCAGUGACAUCAAUACUGCACAGAGUAUUUUUGAUAGAAUGCAGAAUCCAGACAUUGUUUCUUGGAACUCAUUGAUUUCAGGGUAUACAGAAAAUGGUCAUGGAGAUUUUGCCAUAGAGAUAUUUAUACAUUUACGGAGACUUUCAUUUCCUAGACCUGAUGAAUACACUCUCGCAGCUGCCGUUUCUGCAACAGGAACAUUCUUAGUCAAUGACUGUGGGAAGGCUCUUCAUGGUCAAGUCAUUAAAGCGGGAUUUGAAAGUAGCUUCUAUGUUGGGACUACACUAAUCUCCCUGUACUUUAUAAAUGGAGAAAAUGGGUAUGCUCAUAAUGUUUUCCACUCAUUACCGAAGAAGGAUGUGGUAAUCUGGACAGAGAUGAUCACAGCCCAUUCUAAAUUGGCAGAUUCAGAGACUGCAAUAAAAUAUUUCUAUGAAAUGUACGAGGAAGGCCAUAAGACUGAUAGUUUUGCUUUAAGUGGAGCUUUGAGCGCGUGUGCUGAUCUUACAGUUCUCAAACAAGGAGAGAUGAUACACUCCUUGGCUGUAAAAAUGGGAUAUGAUGUGGACAUGGCUGUCUGUGGUAGUCUAGUUGACAUGUAUGCUAAAAAUGGAAACCCUCAAGCCGCUGAGUUAAUAUUUUCUGAUGUUUCCAACCCUGAUUUGAAAUGCUAUAACUCAAUGCUUGGUGGAUAUGGCUACCAUGGGUUGGCAGAGAAGGCGUUGAAACUAUUUGAUGACAUUCUUGUGGCCGGUCUACUUCCGGAUCAAGUGACCUUCUUAUCGGCACUCUCUGCUUGCAACCAUAGUUGUUUGGUCAAUGAUGGGAAGAUCUUAUGGAAUUGUAUGAGAAACUUUAAUCUUAGACCAGGCCCUAAGCAUUACUCAUGCAUGGUCAGUUUGCUGAGCCGAGCAGGAUUACUGGAAGAGGCAGAGGAAAUGAUUAACAAAUCACCAUACUAUGAUGACCAUUUAGAAUUGUGGAGAACCUUGCUUAGUUCAUCUGUAAAUUAUCAGAAUUUGCGCAUGGGAAUUCGUGCUGCUGAGCAUGUUCUGAGUUUGGACAUGGAAGACAUUGCAACUCAUAUCUUGCUCUCUAAUCUUUAUGCUGCUGCAGGGAAGUGGGGUGUUGUGGCAGAAACUAGAAGAAAGAUAAGAGGGCUCGUGAUGGAUAAAUAUCCAGGACUAAGUUGGAUUGAAUCCCAGGAUACAAUUAAUGUGUUCUCUUCUGGUGAUCAGGUACAUCCAACUAUAAGCAAAAUCCAGUCUGAACUUAACAGCCUAAUUGGAAACAUGAAAAGAUCAGAAGUUGAUGAGGUUAAUUCAAUAACCUGUGGUAUCUAGAAUGAGGAGUCCAGAUUUAAUAGUUCUUUUCCAGUGAAACUUGGUCAUCAGCACCAAAACAGGACAUGUUGAUCUCAUCGCAUAUCAUAGGCAACCUCCAGCGGACACUGAGACACCAGAAAGAGAGAGAGCAGAUGGCUGCUCCCCUGGCAGAGCUGGUAGAUUUUUGGUCUGUUCUGGUUUACUCUCCAUCCUCAGAUUCUUCUCCAUCUGAGCUUGACUUACCUAUAGCUCACAGAAAAGAAGCAUUCUCUUAUCUUGGCUGGGAAGCAGCAAUGAAGGAGGAAUACCAUGUCACAAGACGAAACAUUCUGCACACGAGCUCUGCAACACUUGGCCCUCCUGCCUUCUCCAACGUCCAAUAGAAAGAGUCAACUAUGGCAUGAAAUAGUUACUGUAGCCAAGAAUUUUAUGUCACACCACGACCCCGGAGGCUCUGAACAGAGCAUAAUCUUGCCUGACUGCUCUUGGAUCAGCAGCAUACCCAAAAUAAGGGUACACACUGCAGAGAAGAGGGUAAUUGUUGGCUAGUAAGAAUUGGACUACAUGUCCUAAUAAAGGAGCAGAACUAGCUGCAAAUUAAGCACCUGGGUUAAACGUUGUCGGGACAGACUGCGGAACAGUAGUAACAGGUAGUGAAUAAUUGCUAGCUUCCAAUGCUGCUUUAAGACCUAAAUGACAAGUAUCACAAAAUGAGGUAUAUCACCAUAAUUGGCUUUUUGCCAACACACAGAUAAGGGAUGUUGACGGAAUGUGUGUAAAGUCUGAUUAUUCCCUUAGCAAAGACAUCAAGGUACAUCUUGUCUCAACCUAGGCGGAUAACUCCAAGUUCCCAAUUUCCAGCACCACUUGGAUUCUGGUGCUUCUAUAUUACAGCAAGAGCAUGAAGUUUUUUAAUGUUCUUCGACUCGUACCAUGGGCUGGUUUUGGGUUGGAGAGGUUGUCUCCAUGAAAAUUAAGGUCAACCGACGACACAUUGACUCUGUAUAAAGCAGAAUUAGUGAAACAGAUGUGAGAUGUCUCGACCGAAGAUAAGGGUACAUUCUUUCAAUAGGGAAAGAUGAAAGCGUACCUAUGACCAAAGAAACAGAAACAAAACUGAGAUGAAGUAUGAGACAGACACAAUUCUUAUGCAGCAUCUAUGGCUGUUUCAAGAGAUGAGACAAGGAACCAACUGAAGACUGAUGAGUAUUGAGAGUCUGAAACUCUGAGAUUGAUUGAAGCUAUCAUCUUCCUAGUCUCUCAUACCAUACAACUCUAUUCUUUUUUUGUUGGAUGAGUUUGUGCAUACUGGCAUUUUAUUUUU